AUGGCCACCCCCAGUGUCCUGUCUUUUGACGCUGAGGGUCGCGCCAUUGACUUUCCACUCUGGAUUGAGGACCUGCAGCUGUACUUACUGUGCGAUGCGAUCGAUGAGGUUUCUCUCUUUGACUUUGUCUCUGGAGCUGUCCCUGCCCCUCCUGCUGAUGCUGACCCUACUGUUCACUCCAAAAGGGCCACACGCGAUGCUGGUGCACGUCUUGCUGUGCGUCGCCACCUCCCUUCCUCCGAGCGUGCCCACUUUAGUCAGUGCAAGACCGCUCAGGCCUUGUACGACGCUGUAGUUACACGCUACUCCUCCCCUUCCUCCGCUACGCUGAGCCGCCUCAUGCUACCGUUUCUCUUCCUUGACCUCGCUGCCUUUCCCACUGUCGCUGACCUCGUUACCCACCUCCGCGCUAGUGACGCUCGCUACCGCGCUGCCCUUCCUGCUGAGUUCCGCGCCGCAAACCCUCCUCCCAUGUACAUCACUCUUUACUUUCUCGUCACCCGUCUCCCUGAGUCCCUUCGUGUCGUUAGGGACCAGUUUCUCUCUGUCUGUCCCACCACCCUCACUGUCGACCUCCUUGAGGAGUCCCUGCUAGCGGCUGAGAAGAGCAUCGUCGCUGUAGGGGCCUCUCGGGGUGACCCUCGCACCCCCAUCUUUGAGGGGUGUUCUCCUUCCCCCCUGCUGCCCUCUGUCGCCUCUGCCGCUGCGGCCGACCUCGCUGGUUUUGAGUCGGUCGGUGCGGCGUCUGCCCCCAGCGGUAGACGCCGCUCUGGCAAGGGCAAAGGGGGCAAGGGAGCGGGUGGAGCUAGAGGGGGCAGUGGCGGAGGAGGUGGGGGUGGCGGAGGGAAUGGGGGUGGCGGUGGAGGUGGUGGCGGGAGUGGAGGUACUGGUGGAGGCGGUGGAGGCGGAGGUGGCGGCGGAGGCGGUGGCGGAGGAGGCGGGGGCGAGGGCACCGGUGGGGGCGGUGGCGGUGGAGACGGGGGUGGCGUUGGAGGCGGGAGUGGCGGUGGCGGCGGAGGUCGGAGUGGCUCGUCCCAGCGGAGCAGCUCUGGGGGUGGCCAGCGCCAGCAGCAGCAGCAGCAGCAGCGCUCUCGCACCAGGUGUGGAGGCACCCACGCAGCCCGCCGCUGCUUUGGCCGCCUGACCGACGCUUGGCGUCAGCAGUUUCCGGAGGCCGCUGAGAUCCCCCGCUGGGGGGAGCUGUCUAGGGCUGGUGUAGCCAUUUAUGAUCUUGACUUUGAUGCUAUUCUUUCUGCUAUGUAUGCUGUGACUGGUAGUGAUGAGGAUGACUGUUACCGGUGUUUCCCGCCCGACCCGGGCAUUGGUACUGCUGCGUCAGGUGCUAGUGAGGCUGCUGCAUUAGGUGCCAGUGCGUCUGUGCUCUCAGGUACUGGUGAGUUUGCCCUCUCAGGUACUGUGUCGGCUUCGGCCUCUCACACCUUCACCCUUGACUCUGGAGCGUCUCGCUCCUUCUUUCGGGACCGCACCACUCUCACGCCGCUGAGUCGGCCGGUUGCGGUGUCCCUGGCUGACCCCUCUGGGGGGCCUGUCCUGUCUCGCUUCUCCACGGUCCUUCCGUGUCCGGCGGCCCCCUCUGGCACCCUGUCUGGUCUCUACCUCCCCUCGUUCUUGACGAACCUGGUGAGUGGUGCUGACCUACAGGAUGCGGGUGUCCACCAGUUCACUCCUGCUCGUCAGCGAGUGACCCACUGCACGGAGGCUAGCACGGGACGCCACCUGGCUACGUUUACACGUCGGCCAGGGUCGAGCCUGUACACACUGACCACUGCUUCUCCUCCAGGUGCUGAGUCUGGUAGGGUCCCUUCGUCUGGUCAGGUGUUUGCCGCAGCGUCCAGGUCUGUUCGUCGUCUGUCUCACGAGACCCUCCUCAGGCACCACCGCCUUGGCCACCCCUCUCUGCUUCGCCUCAGAGGCAUGGCCUCCCGUCUUCUUGUGUCUGGUCUCCCUCGGUCUCUACCUCCCCUUCCUCAGGGCCCUGGCCCUGCCUGUGUCCCCUGUGUCGAGGGGCGCCAGCGUGCUGCCCCUCACUCCUCCCAGUUUCCUCCGACAGAGGCCCCGUUGCAGACGCUUCACAUGGACGUGUGGGGCCCAGCCCGCGUCCGUGGACAGGGUCAGGAGCGCUACUUCCUGCUCGUUGUUGACGACUACUCGCGUUACGCCACGGUCUUCCCCUUGCGCAGCAAGGGUGAGGUCACUGAGGUGCUGAUCGACUGGAUCCGCGCAGCUCGUCUUCAGCUCAGGCGGAGCUUUGGCUCCGACUUUCCUGUGUUGCGUCUGCACUCGGACAGAGGCGGAGAGUUCUCCUCUGGCCUUCUGCGUGCCUACUGUCGUGCGCGAGGCAUCCGCCAGUCUUUCACGCUUCCGGACUCCCCGCAGCAAAAUGGGAUUGCUGAGCGCCGCAUUGGCAUGGUCAUGGACGUCGCCCGUACGUCCAUGAUGCAUGCGGCUGCCCCCCAUUUUCUGUGGCCGUUCGCGGUCAGGUACGCCGCGCAUCAGAUCAACCUCCACCCCAGGGUCUCCAGGCCGGAGACCUCCCCAGCCCUGCUGUGGACGGGGAAGGUUGGCGAUGCGUCGGCGUUCCGGGUCUGGGGAUCUCGGGCGUUUGUCUGCGACUUGUCUGCGGACAAGCUGUCCCCUCGCGCUGCUCCCUGCGUCUUCCUGGGGCCCCCGACGCCCCUGGGUGGCAGUUCUACCACCCCACCUCUCGACGUGUUCUGUCCUCCCAGGACGUCACGUCCCCCCCCGGUAGACCCCCUCCCCCCUCAGGGUCCUGCCCCUUCAGGUGUGUCCCAGGUAGACGCGGUCGAGCCUGUCGAGGUCACUGGUGACUCUGGUGCUGCUGCGGGAGCUGAGCCUGGGGGUGCGGAGCCUGGGGGUGCUGAGUCUGGGGGUGCUGAGCCUGGGGGUGCUGUGCCUGGGGGUGCUGUGCCGGGGGGUGCGGAGCCUGGGGGUGCGGAGCCUGGGGGUGCUGAGCCUGGAGGUUCCGAGCCUGGGGGUGCUGAGCCUGGGGGUGCUGCGCCUGGGGGUGCUGAGCCAGGGGGUGCUGAGCCUGGGGGUGCUGAGCCUGGGGGUGCUGUGCCUGGGGGUGCUUCGUCUCGCCGUGAGCCACUCUCCCCACAAGAGCUGCGUGAGUGGUUUGCCAGGCGCUGGAGGCGUGCUGCUGGUGCUGGUGGUUCUUCGGCUGCAGAGGGUACUGCUGCCGCGCGUCCCGGAGGUGCUCGUACUGUGGGUGCUGGAGCUGCUGGGUCUGAGGGUUCUCCUGGAGCUGGUGCUGCUGAGGGUGUUGGCGCUGUGCCUGCCGCUGGCGGUCCGACUGACAGUGCUCCUGGUGCUGCUGCUGGAGGUUCUGGUGCUGCUGGAGGUGCUACUGUAGUGGGUGCUCCUGCUGGCGGUACUGGUGCUGUUCCUGCUGUUUCAAGCGUCGCCGCGCGGCCCCGACCGUACUUCGUUCCGCUCCUGAAGCAGGUUCUUGGUCUUACACCUCCUCCUCCCUUAGAGGGUCCGCAGCCUUUCCGGUCACAGCCACAGCUACAGCCUGCCUCCCCUUUGCCUGCUCCUUCUCCCUACGCUGGUCCGACUGGAGGUCUUACUGAGCGUCGUGAGCCUGCGUCUCGUCCUGCGUCGCCUGUUCGUACUGAGCGCGCUAGUGGUCGCGGGUCGCGUCAGCGUCCUCCUCCUGUCCCUGGCACGCACCGGAUGUCACUGCGUCCGUCCACUGCUCCUCUACGUGCCCCUUUGCCUUCUCCUCCUGCUUCCUCUCUUCCUAUUCUUGCCGACCCGGAGUCGGACUCUCUUCGUGCUGCCAGUCCUACUGUCACGCGUCUUCUUGCUACAGCUGUCACUGACCCUUCCUUCGAGUCGUCUGCUGCUUCUGCCCUUGUCACUGAGCUUGUCGACUUUGCUGCACGCUGUCGUCUAGACUACGCUGCCAGUCUUGUCGCUGAGUCUGAGUCUGCCUGUCCUCCGUCCGUCGGGGGUGAGUGUGCCCUCGGCACGGACGUCCUUGAGGACAGGCAGGAGGAGUUCCAGUGUCUGGCAGCCGCUUCACCUCAUCUCGCGUCUGUACUGCUAGCCCCUGAGGGAGACCCGGAUGCACCAGACAUCCCGACUCCGCGCUCUUACGCGGAGGCGAUAGAGGGUCCCUACUCCUCUCAGUGGCAGGCAGCUAUGGAUGCAGAGAUGGCUUCCUGGAAGUCCACAGGCACCUACGUCGACGCUGUUCCCCCUCCUGGGGCGAACAUCGUCAGUGGCAUGUGGAUUUUCAGGGUGAAGCGGCCGCCGGGUUCACCGCCUGUCUUCAAGGCGCGUUACGUGGCUCGUGGCUUCAGUCAGCGGCAGGGGGUUGACUACUUUCAGACCUUCUCCCCCACCCCGAAGAUGACCACUCUUCGGGUUCUGCUGCACGUUGCUGCUCACCGUGACUACGAGCUGCACUCUCUCGACUUCAGCACAGCUUUGUUGCAGGGCAGUCUGCACGAGGAGAUCUGGCUACGUCGCCCACCUGGCUUCACUGGGUCUUUCCCUCCUGGUACCCAGUGGAGUCUCCGGCGUCCAGUCUACGGUCUCCGCCAGGCGCCUCGUGAGUGGCACGACACACUGAGGACUACGCUCGCGGCACUUGGGUUUGCUCCGUCUACUGCCGACCCGUCGCUGUUUCUGCGCACCGACACCUCUUUGCCGCCGUUCUACAUCCUCGUGUACGUCGACGACUUGGUCUUUGCCACAGCUGACACUGCUGGACUCGCCUACGUGAAGUCCGAGCUGCAGAAGAGACACACGUGCACUGACCUGGGUGAACUGCGUAGCUACCUUGGCUUGCAGAUCACCCGGGACAGAGCGCGCCGCACCAUUACCCUGACUCAGUCACACAUGGUGCAGCAGGUCCUUCAGCGCUUCGGCUUCACGUACUCCUCGCCUCAGGCCACUCCUCUGCCUACUCGCCACUCACUCUUAGCUCUGCCUUCGGAUGAGUCCGUAGAGUCGAGUGGCCCGUUUGCAGAGCUUGUUGGCUGCCUCAUGUACCUGAUGACCUGCACACGUCCUGACCUUGCAUACCCUCUUAGCAUUCUCGCACGCUAUGUUGCUCCUGGGAGACACCGACCAGAGCACAUGGCUGCAGCGAAGAGGGUGUUGCGCUACUUGUGCAGCACGUGGGGCAUGGGGCUAGUGCUUGGAGGGCGCAGUCCAGUGGUCCUCACUGGGCACGCAGACGCUUCUUGGGCUGACGACCAGGCUACGCAGCGGUCGUCAUAG